AUGCAUUUAGCCAAGCUGCUCAUUUUUUUGUGGAGCUUCUUCACCCAUGGCAGAAUCGGCUGUGUGUGUCGUCUCAUGCGAGACUGUCCUUUGUUUUUGAGUCCGUCGGGGGGUAGCACGUCUUCGCUUUGCAGGAACAGAGAGAAGAGGUGGCCAUCAUCAAGGGGUAGCCACUGGAUCGGUGGUCAAUCGAGAGGUGGCCCUUCCAAGGGGAGACUAAACCGAGUGACAACUCCGACGUUGGGCGGUGUCCCCGUGAAAAGAAGCCCAAACGAGCUUUACCUCUUAAGAGGGCUCAAAAACGCCUUGGGUUUUUUUAACUGGUUUGGGAGCGGCGAGAAUGAGAAAUUCUGCGAGGACGUCAUCGCUCACCUGGGUGACAUAACUAAAAUGAAGCAGCUCACACGGAGUCAUACGAACAGGAACGUGAUGGAAGGAGAAACCAUGAAAAAGAUUUUUCGCCACGUCCUAACCUCCCCCAUUAGUUACAAAAUCUUAAAUUGCGUGUCCUACCUGAUUAGGCGUUACAGAGUGGAUCGAUCGAAGCUGUGCACCCUACUGAACGAAUUAAGCGACGAAGUGAAGGAAAUGAGGGAUGCAGAAAAUUUUCUGGCCUUGCACAUUUUCUUCUUGGAGGACGAAAGCGUUGCGCUCUUCUCCAUGAUGCGCAUAAUAGAUUUUUUCAGGAGUAAACGGAGUUUAAUGGAAGCCCAGGACAUCAUACGGAAAAAAAUCUACGAGCAGUGCGUGAAUGACCUCAUCAGAAAAAAAGUCACCAAGUAUAAACUCUUUUGUGAACGGAAGGGAAUCCCAUUCCUCCUGGGGGAUGCCUUAGAUAGGAUCCGCCUAAAUGAGAAGGAGGAAGACGUUUACUUCAGUUACAAUCAGGAGGAGCUGUUAAGGACGUUUAUUAAAAAGGUUUCCUUCCAGAAGGGGAAGGGACUAGGUGAUGCAGAACUGGAAGAAAACUUCGGGGAGGGAGGUGGCCAUGUGGGCGACGUGAACAGCUUAGGAAGCAUGGGCUACCCCAGCAGUCAUCCCACCGCUGAGUACGCUGCGGGUCACACCGCUGAUCGUACAGCUGACCACACUGCUAACCUCACCGCGGACGUGGAGGAAAACGAAAACCUGAUGGAGCUAAAAAAGACUUACGAAGAGAUUCAGUCCUUUAACGACUCCAUAAUAAAGCACAUCGAGUCGAACCAGCGCCUUUUCUACUUUGACGAAAACGAAUCCCAGUUUAGGAAGCACAGAGGGAAGGUCAACGGGGAGAAGCGGCAAGGUGGGCAAGACGGAGAGGAGGCCAAGGAAGAAGCGGACGAGGAGGAGGAAGAAGAAGAAGACUUCGAAUCCAUCCAGAAAAAAAUAGACAGUUACAUACAUGAGUACACAAAGAGCAAUAACAUGUCACUGGAGCAGUUUACUAAUGAGUUUGUACAUCAGGCCGACUUGAAUUUCAAAAAAUUCCUUAAAGGAUUGCGAUUGGGGGAAGUCGAUGCGAACGUGGAUGGGGGUAGCGCAGGUGGAGUAACUGCUCACAAUGCAAUCGAGAAUGGAGGAAGCGCCGCAAUGGUAGGGGUGCCCCGUCAGAAGAAGGAACAACUAACUACAUUCAAGCUGAAGAAGCUGAACGAAGGAGACACAAACGACUCCGGGUUCCAUCUAACAAACGAUAUACUCUACGAACGACUCAGGAUGAAAAUUUUAUUCCUACUCCAAAAAAUGGAAUAUCUCAAGUUUAAGUACCAGUAUGAAAUUAUUAAUGAGAGAUAUCCCAUCGAGAAAAAUGAGAAGACCGUUUUGGACGUCCUGAAGUAUGGCUAUAAGAUCGUUGUUUCUCCUGACGUGGAUAAUUCUAUUUUUCAGCAGAACCGGCAUGUGCACGGGGGGCUGUCCUCGAGUGUGCCUGGCAACGGUGUGAAGGGCGACCUGCAGGAGGGGGCAGUGGGAGACUCGCACGAGGAGGACGCGGCCCUCCGGAGUAGAA